UUUCCUGUCAGGGUAAACGAGUGCACAACCACCGGGUUGUUGGCAGAUGAUUAACAGUCACGUCUCGAUUUACUGAUUUAUUUAUCGGGAACAUGUUUUUAAUGAAGCUUUGUACUCCACAGAGUUUGUUAUCAUGGACCAGAUCAGGUUGGCUGUCGCUGUCACCACUCCGUGCACAGACUGCAGGGCUCGUUCAGACUUCACUGCUCCACACUCAAAUUCCUCAGCUCAACUCGAACAGGACGUCAGUGGUGCGCUGUGGUCGGCAGAGAUAUGAGAGGCAGUACCCCGUGAUCCUGGUCCGGCCUGAUGGAUCUACAGUCAACAUCAGAUACAAAGAACCCAGACGGAUUCUCAUGAUGCCAGUCAAUCUGUCCACUCUGUCUGAGGAAGAGCGUCGAGCUCGACAGAAAAAGAGAGAAGUGAAGAAGACGAAAAAACAGGCCGCAGUCCAUUAUGAAGAUGACUUCAGAGCUGAUAAAUACAGCCACUUCUGGAAGAAAAAAUAAUGUCUUUAUAUGGGAUUGUAAAGCACGUCUGGGGCAUCAUCCCUUAAAAUCUGACUGUCACUCAUUCUCCAAGUUUCCAUUUGUAUAGAAUAUGUUUGCCUUGGAUUUUUUUCAUGGCAAAAAAGUUAUUCAUCCAAAAGAUUUAAUUGUGGGAUUUGAAAACCUAGACUAAUGACAUUUGUAUGGCAGGAUGACUGACUGAACACCAUGUGUAGCAGGUGUUACUUAGUAGUACUUUGCCUUGAGGGUUACUUUUCUUGAAUUGUAAAUAACGUAUUAAAGCUGGAGACCAUAACAAUGUUAAGGCUGUGUGUCCAUGGGGUGAAUUUUCAUAAAACACACCAACUUGUUUCUUCUCCAAUUUCUGCUGUUGGAAAAUGUUGAUGGGCUUGAUGGUCACAUGCCCUGGUUGAUAUUAAAGAAGACAGUGGCAGCAUACUGUCACUGAAAUGUUGCAUCAAGCAGCAGCAUUUCAGUUCUCUAAUCUUAGGUGACAUGUUAAAUAAAUCCUCCAUUCAAAAACCUUUUUGGAUAAUUCCUUCCUUGGAGCAUUGACUUAACAUUUACAAAAUGUUGUACACUGAAUCUUUAUAACAUACUAAAAGCAUGUUGGUAGCAGAAGUGGGCCAUUGUAAUCGUUGGAACAUAAGGCACUUAGUUACACACUUCAUAAACACCCAGUAACAGAAGUAUAAGCCUGUUCUGGUUCUGAUGCCUUAAAAACAGAAAGCAAUCAUUUG